CGUAGGCAGGCAACAAAAAUAAACGCUGGAAAACCACAAUCGCAAGAAGAGGAGCAACUGCGGCAGCGAGAGAAGAAGCGUGCGGCGACCAUCCGUCGAAUGAUGUUAGACAUUAAGAAGACCAAAUCGCAGCCAGCAACGAGAGCAGUAUCAUCGGUAGUAGCCACAUCGGAACACAGUGCUGCUUCGGUGCUGUCGGCGCCGGGAGGAAACGCAGGAAACGCCACAUCAUCGCUAUCGGGACGGGGAGCCGGCAGUCUUGCCCCUCGCCUCAAGAACCCGGUGCAGGGCAAGCACAGUUCGACAGUUCCUGGGGGCUCGGUGGCUGUGGGCAAGACCCACGCCGCCCUGGCGGCAGCCAAAUACGGCGGAGGCGGCGGAGUAGCUACACAGGCCCGCUCCACGCCGGCGGCGGCCACGACGAGCAGCCAAUCGAAUCCGGUGCGAGCCGCCAAUGAGCGCUACUUCCUAGUGUCCAGCUACAAGGACCCCACGUUCCUCAAGGCCGAGUGCGAGUUGGCCCACGCCCUGGUGGCCGCCAGCAAGGUGAAGACGACCGCGUCCCAGGGCCACCAGCGGAGUCGAGCCGGGGAGGACUCGAGGAACAACAACCACAACAGCCACAACGGCCACAGCGGGAGCCGGGCACCAACGCUGGUUGAUAUGCGACGCGCGCCCAUGUUCAAUGGCAAUCAGCAAGCGACCACCAGCAGCAGUAGCACCACCAUCAACAACACCACCAGCAGCAACAGCAACAGCAGCAGCAGCAGCGGCAGGAACGCCACCGGCAACGGAGUUCUCAAGUACAGUGCUCGCUCCACGGCAGGAGCAGCGGGAACGGCCACAACUUCCACGUCUACCAGGAGCUUCGGCAAGCUGAAGCCGCUCAACAACAACCAAACAGCCGCAGCUAUGACGAAUGGCCACGCCACCACAACCAACAACAACAACAACAGCGCCGGCAGCAGCAGCAACCUGAACAACGGCGGCGGCAACAACAACAUGCACCGCCAGCAGCAGCAGCAACAGCAACAGCAGCACGACGACAUAAGCUACAUCGACAGCGACGACCCGCCGGCAACCGGUGGCCCCGGAGGUCCAGCCGGAGGGGCAUCGGCCGCAGGGGGAGCCACCACCAAGUCGAGCAUAUGCUACUUUAAGCCCAUCACCCCGCCGCUGCAGCUGCGGCAGCAGCGCACCUCUCAGGCGCAGCACCAGCAGCAGGAGCAGCCGGGCGGCUCGAAGGUGGGCAGCCACCGCUAUCCGCGACCCAAGUCCACCAUCAUUGCCUCGGCGCACUCGAACUUCGCGGCCAGCUACGAGAAGUUCAGCGGCGGCGGCUACCGGCAGACCAACGGCGAGGUCGGAGACCGGAGAUCGGAGAGCCGGAACAGCGGCAGCAGCAACGCCAGGAAGUACGGCAUCGACUCGCUGAGCAUCAAGGCCUCCAUCGAGAAGUUCAACAGUCUCAGUGGCCAGAAGAGGCAGACGGGCGUCGGCUCCGGCUCCGGCGUGGUAACAGCUCCUGGGAGUGGCUCAGGUGCGGGAUCGGGAUUGGGAUCGGGAGCAGGAGCCGCAGCUGGAGUCGGAUCUGGAUCCGGAUCCGGGUCCGUUGCUGGUGCCGGUGGCGGUACGGACCGAGGCAGGAACGCGUCGCAGGGAGGCGGCAGCAGUGGCAACCUGCAGCAGCGCUACAGCAGCGACCUGGACAACAUCCGCGUGGCGGCCGGCUACAGCAGUUCCCUGACCAGGGCAGCGUACAGGACGACGGCCACCAUGAAUAGUGUUAGCACGCCGGCGACUGCGGCAGCGACGUCAUCAUCUGCGCUGAGGGGCCCGAUUGGCGGAGGCACCGCCACCGCAGUGGUCUCGCCCAUCAGCAAGGUAAGAGGAGCCCACAGCAGCAGCCGGCCGCCGAGCGAGUGCGAUGGCCUGGCCUCCAUGACCUCCAAGGUAAACAACGAUGCAGCAGCCGCCGCAGCAGCAGCAACCUCUGGUGUUGUAGCCAGUGCAUCGGCCACACCAGCGACGUCUUCCGUCUCCACAGCCACAGGCACAGCCACAGCCACAGCCACAGUCACCGCCACAGUCACCGCCACAGCCUCAGCCUCAGCCUCAAGCUCCGCUAGCGAUAGUACGGCGGCGAGGAGCGGCACUGGCAGCAGCAGCAGUGCCAGGGGCGUCCUGCCGCCCAUGACGCCCACGUCUAGUCGCUACUGGGACCGGGAUAGCGGCACCAGCCGCAGCAGCGCCAGCUCCUCCUCCGCCCUCAACUCGUCGUCCCUGAAGCACAACUCGGAUGACGGCUACAAGAGCGCCUCCUCGUCGCGGAACGAGAAGUCGGAAGGUCUGUGCGGUCUGCGAAACAUCGGGAACACCUGUUUCAUGAACUCGGUCAUCCAGUGCCUGAGCCACACCCAGGAGUUGACCCGCUUCCUGCGGUCGCACCACGGCUCCCGCUCUUCCUCCACCAAGGAUCAGCAGAUACUCCACGAAUUUGCCAAACUCAUCCAGGAGAUGUGGACAUCAAAUGUGCACACGGUGACGCCCAUGGAGCUGAAGCGCGCCUUCUCCACCAAGCACCGCAUGUACAGCGACUACAACCAACAGGACGCGCAGGAGUUCCUGCGCUUCUUCCUCGACUCACUGCACUCGGCCCUCAACUCGGGCGUCAAGGGUGAGACGCUCAACAUUGACGAUAAUCUCAGUGACAAUAAGAAGGCGGACCUCACCUGGGAGUGGUACACGCGGCACGAGAACUCGCUGGUGCGCGACCUCUUCGUGGGCCAGCUGAAGAGCACGCUGAAGUGCACCACCUGCGGCAACACCAGCGUCACCUUCGACCCGUUUUGGGAUCUGAGCGUACCGCUGCCGUCCUCGUCCCGCUGCAAGUUGGAGGCCUGUCUCGACCUCUUUAUCCGCGAGGAAGUCCUCGACGGCGACGAAAUGCCCACGUGCGCCAAGUGCAAGACGCGGCGGAAAUGCACUAAGAGCUUCACCAUUCAGCGUUUCCCCAAAUACCUGGUUAUUCACCUAAAGCGCUUUUCGGAGACACGCUGGAGCAAGCUGUCCAACAUCGUUGAGUUCCCCACAUCGGACAGCGAGCUCAACAUGGGCUCCUAUGGCGCCAACUCCAACUCGAAUGUGCAUUACUCACUCUAUGCGAUAUCCAAUCAUAUGGGCUCAACGGCUGGCGGUCAUUACGUGGCCCUCUGCAAGCACCCCGUCUCCCGCAAGUGGCACGAGUUCAAUGAUAAUAUCGUCAGCGAUGCCUUGUCAGAAAACCAUCUCGUUUCAUCCAGUGCCUAUAUACUUUUCUACGAGCGUGCGUAAGGCCCAAUCCAAUCCGUGCUCCACGACAACCGUAAGGUGCGCAGUGUCGGGGACGCCAGCGCUCCUGGAGUUCCGGCGCACUUCUCAGAUCGAGAUGGACACCAAUAACCAACACGACUAUGGGAGCGGGACGAGACCGAGGGGACCUGGGACAACCUGCAAACGAACUCUUAGGAACGCUUCGUAGAAUUGCAUCCAAACAAAUUUACUUAAUUUAACUCAACUUAAAUGCAAAACAAAACUAACUCCUAACUUAAAGCAGAAACCAAAACAAAAACGGAGCAACAGUGCAUACAAAAACAGAUGAAUGUACAUAUUAAAAACGAACUUCGAUGGCUACACAUAAAAAAAAAAAACAAAAAAAAAAAAAAGACGAAAAACAAUGAAUCUAACAACUUUCGGCAAACCAAAAAACCUCAGAUCCAAGGAUAAACGCAAGAGAUACUUAUACUAGUUAGUGGAAGGAUAUACUUUUGUAAGGAUAAACAAAGCAAUCAGCGGCAGCAACGAUAAAUGUUUCAAUAAUUCUCUCUUUGAAAUGUGCGAUGCAUCGGCCCCUCUUACUCUAUUGGUUUGCCGAAGGACAGUGUUCUGUGGUUGUGUGUAAAAAAUAAACAAACAAAAUGAAACGCGGGAAUGAAAACUAAAUAUAUAUUUCAAAUUCGUCUGGUGGAAUAUUUUUCAUAAAAAAAUAACAGAAAACAAAACAAACAAACAAACCCACAAUGGAUACUUCAAACUUAAGACGAUGAAAACAAAACAAACGCAAUCGCACCACAAAAUUCACACUAGCUAAAAAAUGCCUUUUUAGCAACUUAAAAAGAGUAAUAUUAAUUUAUUAAUUAAUUAAAUGAACGGGGGACGCGAAGCGAAGCUGAAAUCUGCAUUGUGAAAACGUACUUAUGAUAAAUGCUAGUAGUAAAAUUUAAAAAUUAAAAAGAGGAAGCGAUCAGCAGCAACAACACCAAAAAACAUUGUUAUCCUUUAGCCAAGAUACCAACCAACCAACCAAACAUUACAACCCGUGAAAAGGGAAUUCCCAGACAAGACACCAACCAACCCAGAAGCCGGGAAUUCCCCAAGGGCACAAAGGACCUUAACGAAGUUCGUUUAAAAUUAGACAUUUUUGCGUUUUUUUUUUUUGGCUUGCCAAAAUCGCCAAAAACUAGUCUCAAAAAAGAAGAGUUAUGUAUGAAACUUUGUUUUCAUUUGUUUAUUUUGUGCGUAUUUUGUAGUUUAAGUCGGGCGUUUUUCCACCAGCCCCAGCAAUCCCUCUUAAAUUUGCUAUAUAUCUUUGUUGCCUAUUUUGUUUUUAUACCUACAUAUAUAAUAUAUAUUAUGUAAUUUAUUUAUUUAUUGUAUUUAUGUAAAUGAUAUUUAAACACCCCUACACUCACUUCUACACUCUGCGAAAGAGGAUGUGUACAGUUUGUAACUUGUUUCAGGCAAAUCCAAAAGCAGCUACUGAAAACUACAACCACGCCUUCACUGCACCAACAUUUUGAUAAAAGAAUAAUAAAAAUAAACAAGACACAUUUAUUUAUUUGUAAAUGAAAAGAAGCAACUCCUAUAUUUUUUUCUGGCUUAACUAUUAGUUACAAUUAUAGUUGUUGGAUAUUUUACUAACGUUAAAGAAAAACAUAAUAAAAGAAACAAAAAAACACUGAGAAAAAAAAACGAAAAAUAAAUGCAAAAAUAAAAUUGAAAAUCGUAUGUA